CAUCAUUCACGCGCCUUUUGUCUGACAUUGUUCACAGCUCAGUAGAAAUUUCCAAAUUAUUUUUCAUCUUUUGUAUUCUCCAGUUUGCUAUUUAAUUAAAUUUUCUUUCUCUGUCCAUGUUCAGUAAUGUUUAUAUCAAAGCAAGAAGGCACCAGAAAAAACAAGUUAAAUCUGUAAGUUACAGAUGUGAUCAGCAGGGCUUGUUUUAUUUUAAGCGCAUACACAUUUUCACUUCCAGUGUGCUUUGAUCGGAGGCAAGUCCUGUUGAAAGUUCCAUGGCUUCAGAUCGUUGGUGUUUGCAGCCACUACUAUGGUGCACUUUAAUUCACCUCUUUCAGGGUACUUCUGCCGUGGAUCAUGUUCCUGUCCUGGUGUGGUCAACAUUUAGCUCUUUAUGGAAUUUGAAAAAUGCAACUCAUGAAGGUCAUAUCAUUGAAAAUGAAGAGCUACAUACAUUCCUGAAACCAAUUUUUAACCAAGGUUCCCAGAAUGUUAUUCUAUUUCUUCAGAAUGAGCUUAGUGUUGAAGACUUUACAUGUUAUGGUCCUCAUAAUGGAGACAAUGAAGUGUUCUACAAUAUACAGCAAUUCCUUGACACCUCAGACUCAUCCUUGGUUCUACCAGCAGUUGACUGGAGGGCGAUAAAACAUCUAAAGGAAAAUUUAAAUUGGACCGAAGUUCAAAUUGGCCAUGAUCAGGAGAAAGAACUGAAAGUGGAUCCUUCAAAGCAAAAUCUGAUUGUAAUAAACUUAGAACCAGUUGACAGGUUGAAUAACUUGAAAACGGCACAGACUCUAACCAGCAAUGAUAGAGUAAUUGGGAUGACAAUUAAUACUCUGAAAAGGAAAGGACUUCAAUUUUCUGCCAUUUACACAGCUUUGAGACCUUCUGUGGUUAUUAGCAGCCAUACUGAGAGAAUGAUUCACACUGGACGGCGAUUGAAAGCCAUGGAUACAGAUAGUUCUGUUUCAUACCCACCACUGAAUGUGACAAAUGGCACAGACACCUGCAUUCUCUUUUAUGCUACCAGUCUGCAGCUAAAGGUCAAUGGAACAUUAAUUGAGCUCACCAAUGAAACCUUUAUUUCCCAUUCAGUGAACACCAGUAAUUCUAUGUGUUCAACCACCAAUGCCACGUUAUCACUCAAGUAUUCACUCCAACAAAGUUUAAAAAUUAAUAUUAAGACACUAGAAAUCAGGCUUCUCAUGAGGAACACUUUCUACACUGGAUCUGCCCGGCACUGGUUCACCUUAGAUUUUAUUGAAAUUGUGCAAGAUGAAGUAGAUGUUGGAAGGUUUAAUGUGUCCAGCAUCUCAGCACCACAGGAGUACUCCUUCCACUGUCAGUUGGUAGGAACUAGUGCGCUUAAUGGUGUAGAAUUUAUUCCAGCUAACAAGAAUGCCCAAGCCUGGACUAUCACUAUUUCUGAGUUUCAGAUUCAGGGUUUCAAUGUGAAGAACAACAUAUUUGCUUAUGCAAGUGACUGCACUUCAUUCUUUACUAAUGCAAUUUGGAUGGCCCUGGUGACAUCGCUGAUUCUUUUGUGCAUUCUGACCUAUGGCAUACACAUGAUCAUGCACUUGACAACAAAUGAUCGCUUUGACGAUCCCAAAGGCCAAGCUCUAUCAGUUCCCCAGACUGAUUAAGUCUACUUGAACUUAAUUACCUAUCUUUAUGUUAACUAAACUGAAUUUAUACAAAAGGUUACAGGGGAUGCAGUUAGCUAUAACUUUGAUGUAUUUACAGAUUAUAGUUUGAAUGUUAAUCAAUACUGGAGCUUUUAGCACCUUGUAGAUAAAGUUGGCCGGAAAGGACAAUGUGCAGAUUGCUUAAUCAUGAAUUUGACUGACUAAGUAAUUUUGAUACAGGAAGAUGAGGGAAAGUGGGGGAGGGGGAAGAUUGCAAGAACAAAUGUGGACAAAUUAUUUCCUGUUGAUGCUAAUUUUAAUGUUUAAUAAAGGAGACUUUCUGAAAUAUUAUUCUGCUUAAU